AUAUGGCCCCCGGGGAAUAGGAGAUCAUGGGGCCCCUGUGUCCUUGCCCAAACUCAAAAAGCCUAUGAAAAAGGUACCAGGGGCAUCUCAUGGGGCCCCCUACUGACCCCGGGCCCUCGGGCAGUGCCCGACUUUCCAAAUGGUCAGUCCGCUCAUGGUCUACAUUGUAUUUUUUUUACUACUGGAUACUUUGUUGUUAAUAAUUGUUCUAAGGAGGCAGAUGAUCUCUCAUUCUUUGUCUUCACAAUCAGCUCUGAAAUUAGCUAUCUUUCCUGUUGUCACUGUUUAGUUUUUUUGAUAUUUAGUUGAAAGUC